UACUCCAAUCGACCAGUUGCCCUUCCGCUUUUCGUAAACAGAAACAGCUCCCAAAUCUCUUUCACCCCUGCGCCCACCCCAUAUCAACAUGCGAUCAUGACGAGAACAAGAACGAGUUCCUAUCCGCGCCUCACGAAAUGGAUAGCCAAUCCCACAGUCUUACAUACUUCUUCAAGUUACCGUUCUACCUGCAAUGGCGGACUGCCCUGGUACAACUCCCACGAUAUGUUCCCCUGUCGAUACUCCACAUCACUUCACCAAAAGGCCCGCAUCCCUUCAUCAUAGCGCUGCCAAGCCGCAAAAACGAUACCAUACCCAUCUAUGUGUUCGUGCCACCUGCACCAGUUCAGCUUGAAGAAGAUGAGGACCACAAGGUGGAAAACGGCGAAUGGACGGUGCCCGUAGUACUCGAUUUCCACGGUGGUGGUUUCAUCAUGGGCUCACCCCUCGAGCAAGCGCCUUACGCAGCAAUGAUGUCUAGGAAGCUGGGAGCGGUGGUCAUAAGUGUAUCUUAUCGUAUUGGACCGUUUUCACAGUUUCCCGCUGCUAUCCACGAUGCUGAGGAUGUACUGUCCGCGAUCCUUGACAAGGAUGGCACGUCGAAAGCUGGCAAAAUAUUGCGGAAGGAGAUUCAGCGGUACUAUAUCACAAGAAAGUCCGAGGUCAUGAAAAUGAACAAGAAGAAAGGGAACGAAUCCACCAAGCGCUCGGCUGUGCGCCUAGAAGGGAUCGAAACGAUCACACUGGAUCCGUCAAGGCUGACUAUAUCUGGCUUCUCGUCUGGCGGGAACAUCGCUUUGAACAUGAUCAUGUCAGUGCCGCCUUGCGCCCAGACGAUUCCCACAUCGCCAACAUUAAACUCUUCCGAAGUUCGAGACCCCAAUUCUACCAAGGGCACGCUGUCACCUUUACUACCACCAUCGCGAGCUCCUACCAAACUCGAUGACCCCCGCGAACAAUGGCCAUCACUGCUUCCCCCAUCCCAAGUCCAACCGCGGAUGAUACCGUUGCUUCUUUUCUACCCAUCGCUCGAUGCUCGCAUGCUACCACACGAGCGACCAAUGAAACCUUUGCCCAACGCUCUCAAGGGCGAAGACAAAAAGCCGCAAAAACAGAAAAUGCCUGGCUUGUUCAGUAUCAUGGGACCGACGUAUCUUCCCAAGAAACUACGAGCCCACCCACGCGCGAGUCCAGGCCUAGUCGACCCAGAGAAUCUGCAGGAAAAUGCUGCCAUAUUCCUUGUUCUUCCCGAGAAGGAUAGCUUAGCAGUACAGAGCGAUGUUUGGGUGGACAAAAUGAACAGCAGCGGCUGGAAUGGCCCAGCUCGGUUCGGCGAUGGACGGGAAAACGACUGGAAUGGGACCCAGAAGGAAACACCUAGAUCCCGGCACAAUGGCGGUUUGGAAAUAUGGCACGCACCUUCGUGCAGGCACGGAUGGACACAGUUCCCGCAACCUUUUCUGGGCAAGCAUGAGAGGCAGGAGCGGUUGCUGGUGUUUGAUAGAAUGCUGGAUUUUGUCAAAGAGAAUUGGACCCGCCGGUUACCAGUUGCUGAAGCGGACUAUCUGCCAAUGGAUCUUCAGCCUGUGGAGAUGCCUGCGCACUUCAGUGGCUUGAAUUGA